AUGGAAGGUCCACCUGGAGUCCGUGGUUCCCGGGGUCUCCAAGGCGUUCGCGGCAAACGCGGCAUAACCGGCCAACCGGGCCAAUCUGGACCAAGAGGAAAGGACGGAAACCCCGGCCCUGAGGGUCCGCAGGGCGAGCGGGGACCCGAUGGGUUGACGUUGAUUCGGCGUUCCGCAGGCGCGUUGCCAGGCCCACCCGGGGCUAUUGGCCCCCAGGGACCUGCAGGACCCGAGGGAAGAAGAGGACAGCCAGGUAACUGGGCUUAA